GACAAUAACUAGAGGUCGCGCAAUCUUGCGUUGGCGGCAUUUCUGCGAUUGGGGUCGGGAAGCGUCUAGUUUUAAUUUUUGUGGUAAUUCCGGACCCAUGGCGUCUAAAGAAGAUGAUGAGCAGGAGAAGACCAUUGCCGAAGAUAUUGUGGUGACAAAAUACCAGACAGCAGCCGAGGUUGCGAAUAAGGCACUCAAGGCAGUUAUGGCCAAGUGUGUGGCUGGUGCAUCAGUAAGAGACCUCUGCAAGACUGGAGAUAGGGUUCUAGAGGAGGAACUUGCAAAAGUCUACAGAAAAGACAAGAAUUUGAAGAAAGGGAUCGCGUUCCCGACGUGCGUGGCGGUGAACCACUGCAUCGGGCACUUCUCGCCACUCGACUCAGACCCGGACGUGACGCUGGCCGACGGCGACCUGGUGAAAAUUGACCUGGGCAGCCACGUGGACGGCUUCCCGGCGGUGGUGGCGCACAGCCUGGUGGUGGGCGCCGACAAGGAAAACCCCGUGACCGGCCGAAAGGCGGACGUGCUGCUGGCCGCCCACUACGCCUUCGAGGCGGCGCUGCGGCUGGUCAAGCCGGCGCAGGAGAACUACACGGUGACUGACAUGGUGACCAAGAUCGCGGCCGAGUACAAAACCAAGCCGAUCGAGGGCAUGCUCUCGCACCAGUUGAAGCAGAACGUCAUCAACGGCGACAAGACCAUCAUCCAGAACCCGACCGAGGGCCAGCGCAAGGAGCACGACAAGUGCGACUUCGAGAAGCAUGAGGUGUACGGCCUGGACGUGCUCAUCUCGACCGGUGACGGCACGGCGAGGGAGCUGGACGCGCGCACCACGGUCUACAAGAAGACGGACGAGGUGUACAGUCUCAAGAUGAAGACGUCCCGAGAGUUUUUGUCGCAGGUCAACAAGAAGUGUGGCACCAUGCCAUUCAAUCUUAGAGGGAUGGACGACGAGAAGAAGGCCAAGCUGGGCGUGGUGGAGUGCGUCAACCACAGGCUAAUAGAGCCGUUCCAGGUCCUGUACGAGAAACCAGACCAGCUGGUGGCCCAGUUCAAGUCGACCAUUCUGCUGAUGCCAAACGCCACCAGGAAGAUCACGGGCGUGCCGUUCGAUCCGACCACCUGCCGGGCAGAGCACUCCAUAGAGGACGCCGACGUCAAGUCGCUGCUAGCAACGCCCAUGGACAAAAAGAGCGCCAACAAGAAGAAGAAGAAGCCGACCGUGCCCGAGGCGGUACCGGUGGCCAAGGAGUAGCGGCUGGGCGUGGUGCCGACACUCUGUCUCUGUCCGCCCUCCUGUCAGCGGCCCGCCGUGUCGCCGGCCUCCCGGCCACAGUACAACAGUGUCCGGCAGCGUCCCUCCUCGAGGCAGCGGGCCCGGCGCGACGCGCUGCCAGAGAACAUCCAUACUGCUUCUGUGCUAAUAAGGUGUUUGGUUGGUUUGGCUCUUUUACAUCACGCAGGAGGAACAAUAAAGGGAUUUUGUGAA